GUUUUGCCGCAUAAAUUUAUGCAAUCGAUGCUAAAGCUAGUGUUGAAAUCAGUCUUCUUUCUUUUCAGAAUGAUAACGAACAGAACGAUUAGAACACUGAAAUAUUCAUCUGAGGACAAGACGCGCUGUAAAAUAUAUCUGAAUCCUGACAAUUCCCUUACAGAAGCUAUCAGAGUCAGAAACCCGCACUACAGUCCACACCUUAUAUCCGCUCUCUUGGUGACCGGAUUCAGACGUAUACCCGACAAAAGCUCAGCUGAUUACGUAUUUCUCCCAUGUCCGUUGGGCACAUUUUCAAACUCUACCUCUCGAGGAGAAUGGGGAUGUAGAAAAUGUCCCCCAGGCGGUUUUUACUCAGACGAUGUCGGUUACGUGGCUAGCAGCUGUAAGAAGUGUCCGAAUGGUUCCUAUGUUCCAUUUGAUAAAGCGCCGGGUACCCAAGCUCAGGAUUGCAAGACUUGUCCCCUAGGAACUGAAUCAGACUUCUUUGCUGGAUUACGAGCUUGCAAAUGCCUGAAAGGAUUUUAUCGAACCCAUAUGUUCGAGAAAUGUCAUAAAUGUGGACAAGGUGGGCUAGAAUGCAGAGAUGAUUAUGCAACUUUAAAAUCUGGUUAUUGGUGGAAAUGGAGGAAUGAUUCUCAGAAAAAUCGCUACCGCGUUUUUAUAGCAAAUCUCUUGGCAUCGGCACCAGCGUUAGGUCAUGGUGAUGUCCAAUACCCUUAUCCGAUACCAACUCCUUUCAAGUGCCUUGUAGAAGAGUCUUGCAAGGGUGGUUUAGAUUCCCUGUGUAAUACUGGUUACGAAGGUCCAUUCUGUGGAGUUUGCAGUCCUGGUUACUAUAAGCAGUUACAAACAUGCAGGCCAUGUCCGUCUAAAAAGUGGAUGGUUAUACAGCUGUCGAUCAUCGCGGCGGUUUUAUUGAUGAUCAUGGUAAUCCUGGUGUGGAUAAACAAGAGAAAGAGUAACCGGGACGAAGAACACUCUUUGGUCGACAUGAUUCUAGCAAAGCUUAAGAUCGUGAUAGGUUUUUAUCAAGUGACGUAUGGCUUACUGGAAACGUUCUCGCACAUACAAUGGCCAACCUCCCUGCGGGUGAUUGGAAAGUAUUCAGGACUACUCCAGGUUGAUAUUCUUCAGAUAGCACCUGUUCACUGCUUCCUUCCGGGGUUUCACGUGGAUGCGUUUGGAAACUUGAUUGUGAUGAUGACAAUAAAUGCGAUUGUCAUCGGCAUUUAUGGCGUGGCAUACGGAGUUCGUAAAGUGAUACUCUUAAGAAAUCGAAGCCUGCUUGAAGAGGAAAGGUCGAAAAAGGUAUCUGAGGCAAAAGAACUUGUGUUCAGAAAUUUGUUUUUCUUCCUUUACGUGACAUGCCUGAGCACGUGUUCAAAGACAGCCAAUGUAUUGCCACUUGCCUGUCGGGAACUUUGCCGAGAUGAAAAGGAAAAGUUGUGUAACAAGUUCCUAACCGCAGAUUACAGCAUACAGUGCCAAGGGACAAAGUACAAUCAUUUGCUUAUCGUGGCGUAUAUUUCUAUUGCCUAUAUUUUUGCUCUAUCUGUCACCACAUUCAUCACCCUUUGGAGGAAACGAAGACUGACAUUAGAUGCAGCAGACACCGGCGCAUCUGAGGAACCAGGACCUUGUGUGGAAGUGAUCACAGGAUUGCGUUUUCUCUUUGAGAAUUAUAAAACCCAAUCGUGGUAUUGGGAGCUGGUUGAAAUGUCACGUAAAGUAAUCCUCACAUCUGGUCUGAUCCUUGUGGGACAAGAAAGCAGGUCCUACAUUGGCUUGGCUUUGACCAUUGCUGGGAUGUAUGGGAUGCUCUUUUCCUAUGUCCGUCCCAUGCAAGACGCGUUUGAAAACAGACUGAUGUCAACAUCCCUCGCCGUUACUGUUGUCAACUUGGCCAUUGGAGCCGUGAGUAAAAUUCCUGCAGAAAACAUACCAGACUCGACCGUGUCAUUCAUGAACACAGUCUUCUUUGACAUAUUGGUGGUUGGAGCAAACACUUUGGUGAUCGGUGUACUUGUUGUUCAGUACGCAAUGUUUCUUUAUGGCUACUUCAAGGAAUGGCGCAAAAAUCCACAUUGGUCAUGUUCUUGCUGCUUGGCUUUUGUUCUUCCUCUCAACGAUUUGCGGGGAGAAAUUGGUGGUCUAGUUGAAACCAACGUCCUUAAAAACCCCUUAAACACUGGGAACGUGGAAAUACCCACCUUGUUCGCGACAGUGAAAGACACGGGGGUAAUUGAUGUCAGUUUUGAUGAAGGCGAACAACAUGAUGUCAAUAUGAGGGACUCGCUGGCAGAUAGUUGCGAGGCUACCACCUGCAUAAACAGGAAGUGUAAUCGAGGUACACACACAGAGAUACAGUCGCGUUUCUCCAUCUUUGAUGCUGUGGAAUAUGACGCAGUGGAAACGACACACUUUUGAAUCCCUUUCCCAGUUGGCGACUUCAGACGACAUGGGCUUAAACCAGAAGUGUUGUAUCAGAAAAAGAAGAAUGUAUUAAC